UGUGUGGACAAAUGUCUUGUUGUAAACGCUAUACUAGCACUAGGUCUAAAUACAUUGUAUUGUAUCAACGAAGGAUACAAAUUUAUUCAUCUCAUAAGCUCUUAUCCUGAUCCACAAAAGCAAUCAAACGCCGAUUAUUUUUCUCUCAUGUAAUCGAUCAACUGUGUUUCAAUCAUUCAAGGUUAGAUGGCGAAUGCAUCAGAGUUCGACCCAGCGCUUGCGCUCUCUCACAAGUUCCCUCAUACCACAUACUCUUAUACAGAAAGGGAUGCAGCACUUUAUGCUUUAGGGGUAGGGGCUUGCUUAUCAGAUGCUGUUGAUACUGAUGAACUUAAAUAUGUUUACCAUGGAGAUGGUCAGAAGUUUAUCAAGGUCUUGCCUACGUUUGCUGCCAUACUUCCAAAUAUGUUUCAGUCAGGUGUUUUGGAUCUUCCAGGCUUGGAAUAUGAUCCACGCCUUCUGCUUCAUGGACAACAAUACAUAGAAUUGUACAAACCAUUUCCUUCCAGCUGUCAUAUACACAAUAAAGUCAGUCUUGCUGGAUUACACGAUAAAGGUAAAGCAGCAAUUUUGGAGGUUGAAACAAAAAGCUAUGAGAAAGAGUCUGGUGAUUUAUUAUGCAUGAACAGGACAACUGUCUAUCUACGUGGUGCUGGUGGCUUCUCAAAGACAUCUAAGCCAUUUUCUUAUACAAAUUACCCUGGCAAACAAACUUCAACUGUGAAAAUUCCUGAAAGUAAACCUUUUUCAGUGUUUGAGGAUCGUACUCAACCAUCUCAGGCAUUGAUCUACAGACUAUCUGGUGACUACAAUCCUCUGCAUUCAGAUCCCAUGAUUGCAAAGGUUGCUGGAUUCUCGCAGCCAAUAUUGCAUGGGCUAUGCACAUUAGGAUUUGCAGUUAGGGCGAUCAUUAAAAAAAUAUGCAGAGGAGAUCCAGACUUGAUAAAAAGCAUAGUGGGAAGAUUUCUUCUACAUGUCUACCCUGGUGAAACUCUUGUGACUGAGAUGUGGCUAGAAGGCUCAAGGGUUAUAUAUCGGACUAAGGUGAAAGAGCGAAACCGAGCAGUCCUUUCUGGCUACGUUGAUCUGCGUGGUUUGACUUCGUCACUGUGAAAGGAUUCAAUUACAUGUUGUUCGAUAGUAUUUACAAAGGGGUUGCCAUGAAGCUAAUCAUGCAUUCAGUAUUGCCUAAAUGCACUGGAGCUAAUUGUAAAACGUAACAAGUGUUUGAUAGGUGAUUAAUUUUAAAAAAAAAAAGGGUGUCUAUGUACAAUAUCAAGGUGCUGUUUAAAUAAAUUCUCUAUAAAUAUUUAUAAGAGAAAAAGAAAGUGAAUUUAAAGUUAAAAUCAACUAUUGCAUUUUAACUUUAAUAGUAGUUCAU